GUACUUUCCAUUUCCUGGGCUGCCUUGGGUAACCCUGGUAUGUAUAAAAGGGUUGCAUUUCCUGCAUAAGGCACACUGGAGUCAUCUCCAGCCACGGACUGGAAUCAUGAACCUUACGCCGGUGCUGAUCCUCCUGGGAGUCACUGCUCUGCUACCCUGUGUGCCAGCUCUGAGCUGCCACAGGGGGGUAAUAGAGGCUGUGCGAAAUGCCUCGGAGCUGCCCCUUGAGUGGAAGACCGGGGUGAAAACCUGUGAGGUCGGCGAGGGUUGCCAAGACCUGGUGAUGCUCCUGGAGAAUGGACCCCUAAUAAACUUGGUGAUCAUCAAGGACUGUGUUAAGGCUGAGGACCAAGAGCCCCGGGUUUCCUGGCUCAGGACGGGUCCUGGGCUCUCCAUCGUCUCCUACACCCGUGUGUGUCGCCAUAGCGACUUCUGCAAUGAUGUAUCCAGCACUGAGGUUCUUGGGGACCUACCGUCACCCACAGUCCCAGGGACCCUGCGCUGCCCACUCUGCCUUUCCAAAGACGGCUGUGAGGACACGCCCCAGCAGGUCUGCCCCGCAGGCAGCUCCCACUGCUACAAUGGAGUCCUCAGACUCAGGGAAGCCGACGUCACCACCAAUCUGAGGGUCCAGGGCUGCAUGCCCCAGCCAGAUUGCAACCUGCUCAAUGGCACCAAGGCCAUCGGGACCUUGGAUUUGCGUGAAAACUGUGAGCUUCCGUUGGGUCCACAGGCUCUGGACUGCAACAGUGUGGCCUUAGACACUGUUCGGAAUGUAUCAGAUCUGCACCUGCGCUGGACAACUGGCUGGAGUACCUGUGAGGCUGGCCAGGGGUGCCAGGAAACAUUGAUACUAAUACAGAAUGGACAGGAACUUCACAUGGUUCUCACUAAGGGAUGUACUAGUGAUGCAGACAGAGAGCCUAGAAUCACCAGGCAGAGAACAGGGCCCGGAAUCUCCAUCACCACCUACGUGCAUGUGUGCCGCCACCGGGACUUCUGUAACGACCUGUCUACAACUAGAAAUCUUUGGACUCCACCCCCGGACACAGGCCCAGGCACCCUGAGCUGUCCACACUGCCUUUCAACGCGUGGCUGUGAGAAUCCACCCCAGCAGGUCUGCCCCGAAGGCAGCUCCCACUGCUACAAUGGAGUCCUCAGAUUCAGGGGAGAGGACAUCGCUGUCAAUCUGAGGGUGCAGGGCUGCAUGCCACAGUCAGGCUGCAACCUGUUGGAUGGCACCAAGGCCAUUGGACCCAUACUUGUGAGAGAGAACUGCAGCCCCCAGUCAGGCGCUCAGCCUCUAGAAUGCAGGAGUGGGCAGACAGAAGCCCUAAGGAAAGUGUCGUCGCUGCCCCUGGACUGGACAACCGGCUGGCAGACCUGUAAAAUCGGCGAGGGGUGCCAGGAAACUGUCUUGCUCUUACUGAAUGGACCCGAUUUGCACUUGGUGCUCUCCAAAGGUUGCACAGCGAACGAAGACCACAAGCCCCGAGUCACCCGGCACCGGACAGGCCCCGGCCUCUCCAUCAUCUCUUAUACCCACGUGUGCCGCCACUGGGACUUCUGCAAUGACCUGUCCUCCACCCAUGCUCUCGGGGUCCCACCACCUGCCACAGGUCCGGGGAACCUGAGCUGCCCACUCUGCCUUUCUAAAGAUGGCUGCCCGCAGAAUGCCCCGGAGCAGGUCUGCCCUGCAGGCAGCACACACUGCUACCGCGGACUCCUCAGCAUCAGGGGAAGAGGGCUCACCUCUGAGCUGAAGGUGCAGGGUUGCAUGUCCCAGCCUGGCUGCAACCUGCUCAAUGGCACCCAGACAAUUGGACCCAUAGGUGUGCAUGAGGACUGCAAUUUUCAAUUAGCUGCAGAGGCUCUGAAGUGCCAGCAUGGGUAUUUGGAGAUCACAAGGGAUGUAUCGCAGCUGCCUCUGCAGUGGACAGCCGGCCAGACAACCUGUGAUGUCGGUGAAGGCUGCCAAGACACCCUGAUGAUGAUAGAGAAUGGAGAGCAGGUGUACUUGGCUCUCACGAAAGGCUGCACAAGCACUGAGGACCAAGAGGCCAAGGUCACGGAGCACAGGACUGGCCCGGGGCUGUCUGUCACCUCCUAUACCCGAGUGUGCCGCCGAGGAGACCUCUGCAAUGACCUGUCCACCACAGCCCCUCUCUGGGCUCCACCCCCUGCCACAGCCCUAGGGACCCUACGCUGCCCACUCUGCUUUUCCAAAGACGACUGUGAGAAUCCACCCCAGCAGGUCUGCCCUGCAGGCAGCACACACUGCUACAAAGGAGUCCUCAGGCUCAGGGGAGGGGAGAUCACCUCCAAUCUGAAGGUGCAGGGCUGCAUGCCCCAGCCAGGCUGCAACCUACUCAACGGCACCCAGAAAAUUGGACCCGUGGAUGUGCGUGAGGAUUGCAGUCCUCGGAUAAGUGAGAGGGACGUGGGGAAAAAUACUAUGACAUGUUACAAAGGGGCCAUGUUGAGGCUUGGCAUUGGCUUUGCCAAGGAAGCUGUCGAGUGGUCUGUAUCAGCGACCCAAGUAUGCGAGCCUGAGGAGAUUUGUCAGGAGACACUCCUGCUUGUAGACGUAGGACCAAGAACACUUCUGAUAGGGAGCAAAGGCUGUACAGGGCCCCGGGCACAGGACAAAGGUGGCAUCUCCAUAUUCUCCAGUCCGCCUGGGAUGCUGGUAGCUUCCUACUCGCGCUUCUGUUCCUCCAACCUGUGCAAUGAAGCCAGCGACAGCAAUGUCCUGCUGAGCCGCCUCCCUAGACCGACUGUCCCUCCCCCUGGAGAGCUGCAGUGUCCCGUGUGCGUGGAGUUCUUCGGAUCCUGCUCUAGGAGCUCCAGCUCUGUCUCCUGCCCUCAGGGCACCUCUCACUGUUACAAGGGUGACAUUGUGCUUCAGGGAGGUGGGGUGUCUUCCACAGUGAGCCUUCAGGGAUGCAUGCUCUCACCUGCCAAAACCUUACUGGGUGACUCCAAAACCAUCGGUAUCUUCUCAGUAAAGGAACUCUCUGAGGGCACAAAGGGCGGAUAUGACGGAUAUGACGAAAAUCCUCUGGGUGGAGGUGCCUCGGCCUCUCCCCUCACUGGGCUGCUAGGGCUGGGGCUCUGCUUAGCCCUGUGCCUAACGGGCUUCGUCCUCUCUGCGGAACCCAUUCCCCUGUGACUCUUAAUCCCUGUUGGCCCCACACCCAGCUGUCUGCCCUCCGACGUCAUAACCUGAGACCUUUGUAGGCAAGAGUCGCUGAGUUCACCCUGCGCCACAGCUGACACCUGCGUGUUGGCCACACAUGUGAAAUAAUAAAGUCGCUGUUGUUUCUCCA